CCCUCACCCAUCCCCCUUCACUUCAUCAUCUGCUAAAUCUUGCCACCCCAAAACCACCCUCCAUCUUGAAUCACCCCAUCCAAGAUUCGAAAACAAUAAAAAAUCCAUCUCCUGGAAGUGAAAAAGAUCUCAUAUUCUAAGAAAAUUGAGAGAUUUUGUUGUAUUUUCUUUCUGGGAUUGGCGUAAAGAAUGCAGAGAUAAAGAAAGGCGUGAACUUUAAUGAAAGAAAACUCUGGGUUUUUCUUAGUGAUGAGGUUUCUUGGAUCGGAGUGAACGGCGUCGUUUAGGGUUCAGAGGGGAUGGAGAUUUUUCUGCGCUUCAUCCUUCUGCUCUUCAUGCUCCUCAACCAUAAUGCUCAACAAACGGCGUUAGCCUUCACGGGAACGUACGGCAUUAACUACGGUAGAAUAGCAGACAACAUUCCCAAGCCAGAAAACGUCGUUAAACUCCUCCGUGCCGCAAAAAUAAAAAACGUCAGAAUAUACGACGCCGAUCACGGCGUCAUCAAGGCCUUCACCCGGACCGGACUCGAACUGGUAAUCGGGCUGCCCAACGGCGACGUGAAGGACGUCGGUGCCAGCGCCGAUCACGCCCUGAACUGGGUCAAAGACAACGUCAACGCUUUCCUCCCCGACACGAACAUCGUCGGGAUCGCCGUCGGGAACGAAGUCCUGGGCGGCGGCGAUUACGAACUGGCGACGUCGCUCUUGAACGCCGUCAAGAACAUCCACAACGCCACGAAGAAUCUGGGGAUUCACCGGAACGUCCAGAUAACGACGGCGCAUUCGCAGGCGGUUUUCGCGGAUUCUUUCCCCCCAUCCUCGUGCGUCUUCAAAGAUGGCGUUUCCCAGGUUAUGAAACCGCUCUUGGAGUUCUUUUCCGAAAUCGGGUCGCCCUUUUGUCUAAACGCCUACCCGUUUUUGGCGUACACUUACAAUUCGGAUAAGAUCGACAUCAAUUACGCCUUAUUCAAGUCGAACGAGGGUAUUCGUGAUGAAAAAUCCGGUCUUUAUUAUGAUAAUAUGCUGGAUGCCCAAAUUGAUGCGGCGUAUGCGGCAUUGGAGGAUGUAGGGUUUAAGAAAAUGGAAGUGGUGAUAACAGAAACGGGUUGGGCUUCUCGUGGGGACUCGAAUGAGCCGGCUGCGACGACGGAUAAUGCCCGGACGUAUAAUUAUAAUCUCAGGAAGAGACUUGCGAAGAGGAAAGGGACGCCUAUGAGGCCGAAGAACGUUUUGAAGGCGUAUAUUUUUGCACUCUUCAAUGAGGAUUCAAAGCCGGGCCAAAUGUCUGAGAAGAACUAUGGGCUGUUCAAAGCUGAUGGGAAUGUUUCUUAUGAUAUUGGGUUUCGUGGGUUGGAUGAUUCAUCAGCUGUAGUGUCUUCUCGGGUGUUGUCCUUGAAGGGAGCGGGAUAUCAAAUUUAUUAUCUCUUGAUGUUAGUAACCUCGUCAUCUUCGGUGCUUCUUCUGAUGCUAUGAUGAUAGUGGCAUCCAUUUGGGACAGCUAAAUACGAGUGAGUUCUGUAGGACCAUAGAGAACGGCAGUAGUGAUGAUACUUCACAGAGUCGAUUUAUUUAUCUAUAGUCGCUUCAGUAAUGUAUAUGAAAUAAAUAAAUAAAGUUAUUAUCAUUUUUUGUUUUGUUCAUGCCUUCAUGCC